AUGUCAGAGAAAAAUUCAUUUGGUAGAAGAACAUGGGAUAAAGAAGAGUUUUCCAAGCAAGGAGCACUACGACGUGAAAAGGAACAAAAUAAAACAAUAGAGAAAGUUGAAGGUGUAUCUCAAAUUGAUAGGGACUCAUUGAAUUUCAAUAAAGAUCUUAAUAAGAGACAAGUCAUUGCAAGUAACGUUGUAUCAACUAGAGGGAAAUCAUUUGGUUUUUAUUGUGAAGUUUGUGACUUAACUUUCAAAGACAAUUUGAAAUAUGUGGACCAUUUAAAUAGUAAACCACAUUUGAUACGAAGUGGUGAACUUAAUCAACAAAUUGAAGUCACUUUAGAUGAUGUUAAACAGAGAUAUGAAAUGUUAGUAAAGAAAAUGGAAGAACAGCAAAAUGAUGAUGAAAAAUAUGAUAUUAAGAAAAGAAUUGCCAAAAGACAAGCAUUUGAAGAGGAGCUUAAAAGAAAGAGACAAACCAAAAAACCAAAGCCCGUAGAACAAAAAACAAAUGUUAGUACUAAUAAUAAUGAUAAAGAUGAUAAUAUGAUGAGUAUGAUGGGAUUUAGUGGGUUUGGAAGUACGAAAAAGUAG